AUGGUUACGCCUCCUGACAACGACGACGGGCACGACGCAGGCUCUCAGCACGCAAAAGGUAAUAAACACUUUCAUUUCUUUCGGCUACCGCGGGAAUUGAGGGACAAGGUCUACGCGGAGGCUGCUACUGACAUUUGGAUCGAAAUCCACGGCCUACUGCGCGAUCACGUCGACCAAAUUCCGUGCGCACUGAUCGAGCAUCCGUCCUGCGUGCAGUUCGCACUCGUCAGCCGCCAGUUCAAGCAGGAGUAUGAGGAGGAGAGGGCUCGCAGAUCGGGGGUCGCGACGCUCACGGUGGCGCUGGGUUGCGCGGAUCGUCUGCCCGACUGUCUCACGCCGGCGUUGAGGAUGGCGCUGUCGCAGGUGAAGACUGUGGUCUUGACGCAUGGGUACACGACGUGGAAGGACUUCGAAUUCCGACCGUGCGGGUAUGGCACCGCCCUCUCCAGGCUCGAGGGGCUCAUCCCGCUCCUCCCGUCUUUGAAGCACCUGGAAUUCGUCUUCUACGAAAGCAUUCGCCAGUUCGAGAUGCCGGCGCGCGGAGGAUUCUACCAACCCGACGAGCAUCGUCCGGGCAAUAUACGGCGUCUGCUAGCGCUCAACCUGCGCCGUCCGCUGGCCAGCACGAUCCAGAUCUCGACUUCGAUGGUGUUGUAUGGACAACUCUUCGUGGCGAAAAAGAAGUCGGUUUCGAAGGGAUCUCUCGUCGGCCUCGACAGACUCAAGAUCAACCGCGUGGUGUACCGCGCCCCUGCGUCGCUCAGACCGUCGCCUACGGAUUUGACUGUUUUGGAGUUCGAUGAGGUGGAGUCUAGCACUGUGGAGGAUGUCGAGGAGUAUUCUCAGCAGCGUCGGGCGUUGGCCAAGGUGCCGGGACAUCGGGCGAGAAUUUGGAACGCAGGGUAUCGCAUGUUGUUUGAGCCAUAG